AUGGCCAGAUCCUCGGACGCCACAGACAGCGAACUACCCUCGGCACGGUAUGAUGAUCUGGAAGGAAAAGUUGUCCUAUUGACUGGGAUCGGCCAAACGGGCGACCAGGACAUGUGGGGUAAUGGUGCUGCCACGGCACGUAUUUUAGCCAGGAACGGCGCAAAGAUCUAUGGAUGCGAUCUCCACUUUGCAGCUGCUGAGCACACUGCAAACCGUCUCCGUGCAGAAGGGGCUGAUGUCACAGUCUCUUCAGCCGAUGUGACCUCAAGCGAAAGCGUGAAAGCAUUGGUCGACGCCUGUUUGAAGAAAUAUGGUAGAAUUGAUGUCCUGGUCAAUAAUGUUGGACGCUCGGAGCCAGGCGGUCCAGCUGAGAUGACAGAACGUAUCUGGGACGCGCAAACCGACGUCAACCUGAAGUCCGUAUACCUGUGCUGCCAUGAAGUUCUUCCUGUAAUGGAGCAGCAGGGAUCUGGAGUAGUCGUCAACAUCGCAUCAAUUGCCGGCCUACGAUACAUUGGAAAACCCCAGGUAGCGUAUUCGGCCACUAAAUCAGCCGUGAUCCAGUUCACGAGAGCAACAGCAGUGAUCUACGCUGCAAGAGGCAUACGCAUGAAUGUGGUUGUCCCGGGUCUCAUGAACACGCCCCUCGUCUCUGUGCUUGCAGAAAAGUACGCAAAUGGCGAUCUCGAUGGCUUCAGAACCAAACGCAACAAAGCUGUUCCGAUGGGCAGAAUGGGUGAUUCGUUCGAUGUAGCCUUUGCCGUGGCCUUUUUAUCUUCGCAACAAAGUCGGUACAUAACGGGCCAGAAAAUAGUGGUGGAUGGGGGCAUCACGUCGUCGACUGGGUAG